UUAUUCAUGACGAUUUGCUGUCAAAAUACUGUUUAGAUUUUCUAGAUUUAAUAUUGAUUGAUUCUUCUGAUAAGUUACAGAAGAACUCAAUUAAAUAUGUUUAACUUGUCAAUCUUAAAACAGUUUUCAAGAUUAUCAAUAUGUCCAGCUAUAAAAUUACAAAUGAACACAAGACCUAUAUCUACAGCAACUACGCUUCAAUUCCGAAUGACUGAACCGCUAUGUGCAGAACCUAUGAAGAAGAAGAAAAAGAUCGAUCCUCAGAUUAUCAGGGCUCGUGAAGAGCGUAGACGAAAAAAGAUAGAGAAACAAAUUAGACGUCUGCAGAAGAAUGCCCAGCAACUGAAGCCUAUCGAUGAAAUGGAGGUUCCUCUGAACUUGCUGGAUCAACUUGGAAAACGAAAAAGACCAUCACCUAAUUUAACUCCAGAAAUGCUGGAAGCCCGAGCGUUGCUCCAGAAGGAAUGGACUCGGUACAAACGGGAGGAGUACAUGAGCCACGUGGCUCAGAUCGACAGGAUCAUGUCCGCUCAGAGACGGGCCCUCGACAAGCUGUACGAAGAAUCUGAAGAAUUGUACAAUGAGGCCAUUAUGCCUGACAUGGCGCUGAUUCCGUACGAGAUCAAGGGCCCCGUCGCUACGCCGCCCAUCAAAGAUUACGAAUCCCCUGACGGCGAGUACAUAGAUGUAUCCAAAAAAUGGGAUAAUUAGUACAUACUCUAGUUUAUACAGUUGUUAGUGUUUGUAAAUUAUUAAAUAUAUUGCCAUCAAAUCGAAA